AAAUACAGGUAGUCAUGGUAUCUGCACAGAGUGGUUCACUGCGAAAAAUGGUGAAAGAUUGUAUUCCUCUUGAAAAUGACCCUUCGGGAUAAUGAAUCUCUUCAGCUCCUCCUCUUCAAUACUCACCUCUCUGAGAUAAAAGUGGAUGACAUCGGGCAAUUUGAGGAUACCGUGAAGUUAGAUGUUUUCUUCUUCUUCUUCUUCUUCUUUCAACGUGGGAGUAAGGGCUCCUGGGAUGUGAAAAGACCUACAGGUUAUGGUGGAUGGACUGCUUGAGGCCAGCUGAUUUGAAAAACUAUAGGUUAAUCGGUGGAAGAACUGCCAAUCUGAAAGGGCUUUGGUGAAAUCCUCUCUUUCACAGGAGUGUACCAUUUUCCAGGCUACAUCAUUUUACACUAUUGCUUCAUACUCCCUUUGGUCCCAUUCAAGUAUCUCUCCAGACAAAUUUG